CGGCGAUGACGUCGCGGGGGCCUGGCCGGGCGUCGCGGACUCGGGAGAUGGAGGAAAAGGAGCAAUUACGGCGACAGAUCCGUCUCCUGCAGGGUCUGAUCGAUGACUACAAAAACCUCCAUGGCAAUGGCUCUGCCCCCCGCACCUCAGCUGCUUCCCGGUGGCAGCCACCUGCUUACAACAGCAGCAGGGCCUUCAGUGCCUGCUACCCUCGCCCAAGCCGGAGGGGCUUCUCCCCGAACCACGGGCCUGCGUGGCGCAAGAAAUACUCCCUUGUGAAUCGGCCCCCGGGACCCUCAGACCCAGCCGGUGACUGUGCUGUGCAGCUGCCCCUCAGGGCUGGGGGCAGCCAGGGUCCUGACCCCCAGCAGCAUGUCCUGGAGAGGCAGGUGCAGCUUAGUUCAGAUCAGAACAUGGUCAUCAAAAUCAAACCACCAUCAAAACCGGGUUCGGCUAGUGCUGCAGGGGUCCCUCGGGGCUCCUUGGAAGAAUUUGAGGACCCCCCCGGGAGCGACCACAGGCCUCAGGAGGGUGAGGGCGAGCCCCCGGGGGGACAGCGGCAACCCCCAAAGCCAGGAAGAGUCAAGGGGAGCUGUGGUGCAGAGGACUCCCUUCUGGUCUGCCAGAAGGAGCCUGGCAAGCCUCGGGUAGUGAAGUCCGUGAGCAGCAUGAGUGACAGCCCCUCAGAGCCCCGGCGGACUGUCAGUGAGAGUGCAGUUGCUGUCAAGGCACGCUUCGCAGCGUCCACCCUGCCCCAGCGCAGUGGCGUGGCUGUGGGCCGGAAGGUGGGCUCACACUCUGUGGCCAGCUGUGUCGCACAUCUCCUCGGAGAUGGGAGAGUGAAUGCUGGCCACACAGAUCAGCCAGCUUCCGCUGGUGUGGUGGCCGGCCCAGCUAGACCAGCUUCUGGACCCAGGCAGGCCCGAGAGUCCUCACUGCUUGUGUCCUGUCGGACCAACAGGUUCCGGAAAAACAACUACAAGUGGGUGGCCGCUUCAGCGAAGAGCCCCCGGGCCACUCGGAGGGCCCUCAGUCCCCGAGCAGCCUCAGAGAAUGUGGGCAAGGCCCCCUUUGGCACAGCAGAACAAGUGGAGAAGCCACAGCUCAGAGCUGAUCCGGAUGCCAAGCCCAGGAGGUCGGCUGCGUCCUCCACGGCUGGGGCCUCCCCCAGCAAGUACAAGUGGAAAGCAUCCAGCCCCUCGGCCUCCUCAUUCUCCUCCUUCCGUUGGCAGUCAGAAGCUGGUAGCAAGGACCACGCCUCCCAGCUCUCUCCCGUCCCAUCUCGGUCCCCCUCAGGGGACAGACCAGCAGUGGGACCCAGCAGUUUGAAGCCCCUCUUCAGCGAGACCCCACUCUCGGCUUACAAAGUGAAGAGCCGCACCAAGAUCAUCCGGAGGCGGGGAAGUGCUAGCCUUCCUGGGGACAAGAAGAGCAGCCCCCCACCUGCUGCCACUCCUAAGAGCCAGUUCAGCCUGCGGCGGAGGCAGGCCCUCCGGGGAAAGAGCAGCCCCAUUCCGAAGAAGACGCCCAACAAGGGCCUGAUGCAGGUCACCAGGCACCGACUGUGCUGCCUGCCUCCAGGCCGGGCCCACCUCCCCACCAAGGAAGGAACCACCUUCAGCAUCCACCUUGCUCUGUCAGCGCUCCAGCCCGAGAACGCUCCGCCCG